AAGGCGCCCGAACGGCACGAGCGGGGCGCCGGCAUCGCCCGCGGCGACCGCAGCGCCCGACCCUCCUCGGGACGCGCCCCUGGCCGCCUCGGGGCCCCACCGCGCGCGCGCACGCGCGCGGCGGGCGCCGAUGGCCGAGCGCCGCAAGGUGACGUGCCCAAUGUGUGGGGUGGCAAUGGUCGCGUCCAGCCAAGAGGAGUGCAUGGCCCACAUGGAGGUUUGCGGCGCCUUCAAGGAGCGCCACGGGGACCCGAAGGCGUCCCCCGAGGCCCCCGCCGUGGCGCCGCCGCUGAGUCUCGAGGAGGCCUGCGAGCGCUACGCCAGCGCGGUGCUGCCCCUGGUGCCGCUGCAGCGCACGGGCCGCGGGCCGCGCUCAGGCGAGCGCCUGGGGGCCGACGCCGCGGUCCAGAGCGUCGUGCAGAUGACGAUCGUGCCCCAGCUCCGCUGCGUGAGCGACACGUCGGGGAGCGUGAAGGACGACAACGGCGACGCCGCGGACGGGUUCGCGCUGGCCGACCUGGCCACCCUGAGCCUGGCAGGGGAGCUCGCCCCCCUGGGCCGGGACGCCACGGCCGUGCGGGCCGAGAUCGUCACCGCGCUCGGCCAGGUCAAGCGCGCCUCGGACGCGGCCGCGGCGGAGCAGGCGGAGGCGGCCCAGCCGCCCGGGCACGAGCGGAUCUGUGGGCUGGUGGGCGCCAGCCUCGGGCGCCUGGCCGCGGGCUGCCAGUUCUGCGACCACUGCGGCCGCAGCCGCGGGCGCCUCCUGGCCUGCACGAGGUGCCAGCGGGUGAAGUACUGCGGCCAGGCCUGCCAGCGGGCGCGGUGGCCCGCCCACCGCGCGGACUGCGCCGGCCCCGCGGCUGCGGCCUGAGCCGCCGUGUCUACUCGCUCCCAGGCGGUGCCCAGGCCCUGCCGCAAGGCCGCGCCCGCUCGCGGGGCGCCGGGGCCCCUACGUGCCGGGAGCCCGCGCUGCCGCGGCUCCUUCGCGUCGUGGCGCGGCUGCGGGGCAGCCCGCCCGUCGGCCGCGGCUCCGUCUGGCCCAGCGGCGGCCCCGCGGGGCCGGGCGGUGAGCCGGGGCAGCGUCAGGGUCAGGGCCGGCGCACGCGCGCGGGCGCGCGGGCGCGCGCGCGCGGGCGCGCGCGCGCGCGCGGGUGGCCUCCGAAGGGUCGGAAAACGGCCACCUCCGCGGGUUCGGCUAUGGCGCAGGAGUGGCCCUUCGCCGGAGUGACCUCUGGUGCGGAGCCAGGGGGAUCCCCUCGGCACUGGCCUGCGCGCUCAGGCUUGGCGCCUGGGGUCGCUCCUGCGUGCGCUCGCACAGGGCGUUUCCGUCUGUGCCGCCACAGGCGGCGCCUUGGUCAGGGCACAGGGCGCCGCUGCCCGUGCGCGAAGAGGGAUAGCAUUGUUCGAGUUGCCAAUGGGCAUCCGGCGGAUGACCGUUUGCGGCACUUGAGCAUGCCAGGCCAGGCCCCCCGGAGGAAGUCCUGAUGGGUGGCAAGCCGACCUCCGAGGGAAGGAUGCCGGAGCCUGCCAGGAUCACGCCCUGGGUGGGAACCCAUGGUUCAAG